UUCUUUUAGAUUUGUUUAGGCGUAUCCGCCCUGUGAGCCCUAUUAAUAGGGCUGGGCGGUAUCGCGGCCUGGGCCUAGGUGUUAACAGUAGCGACAGCGGCAGCCGACUUUCCGAAUACGAGCACUACAGGCGUCCGAAAGCCCGCACAGGUGUUUAGAGAAAAUGGCAGACGAUAUUGAUAUUGAAGCAAUGCUUGAGGCUCCUUACAAGAAGACUUGCCUAACGAUAUCUCACCUCUACUCCCAUGAAUUCACCUUUGAUUCCAGUGUGAACUGUCAAUCAUAAGGAUGAGAACAAGUUGAGCAGUGCUAACGGCCAUGAAGAACGUAGCAAAAAGAGGAAAAAAAGCAAGAGCAGAAGUCGAAGUCAUGAACGAAAGAGAAGCAAAAGUAAGGAAAGAAAGCGUAGUAGAGAUAGAGAAAGAAAAAAGAGCAAAAGCCGGGAACGGAAGCGAAGUAGAAGCAAAGAAAGGAGACGGAGCCGUUCAAGAAGUCGUGAUCGUAGAUUCCGAGGCCGCUACAGAAGUCCCUACUCCGGACCAAAAUUUAACAGUGCCAUCCGAGGAAAGAUUGGGUUGCCUCAUAGCAUCAAAUUAAGCAGACGACGUUCUCGAAGCAAAAGUCCAUUCAGGAAAGACAAGAGCCCUGUGAGGGAACCUAUUGAUAAUCUAACUCCAGAGGAGAGAGAUGCAAGGACAGUUUUCUGCAUGCAGCUUGCAGCAAGAAUUCGACCAAGAGAUUUGGAAGAGUUUUUCUCUACAGUAGGAAAGGUUCGAGAUGUGAGGAUGAUUUCUGACAGAAAUUCAAGACGUUCCAAAGGAAUUGCUUAUGUGGAGUUUGUUGAUGUUAGUUCAGUGCCUCUAGCAAUAGGAUUAACUGGCCAACGAGUUUUAGGAGUGCCAAUCAUUGUGCAAGCAUCACAGGCAGAAAAAAACAGAGCUGCAGCAAUGGCAAACAAUUUACAAAAGGGAAGUGCUGGACCUAUGAGACUCUAUGUGGGCUCAUUACACUUUAACAUAACUGAAGAUAUGCUUCGAGGGAUAUUUGAGCCUUUUGGAAGGAUUAAAAGUAUCCAGCUCAUGAUGGAUAGUGAAACAGGUCGAUCUAAGGGAUAUGGAUUCAUUACAUUUUCUGACUCAGAAUGUGCCAAGAAGGCUUUGGAACAGCUUAAUGGAUUUGAACUAGCAGGAAGGCCAAUGAAAGUUGGUCAUGUUACUGAACGUACAGAUGCUUCUAGUGCUAGUUCAUUUUUGGACAGUGAUGAGCUGGAAAGGACUGGAAUAGACUUGGGAACAACUGGUCGUCUUCAGUUAAUGGCUAGACUUGCAGAAGGCACUGGCUUGCAGAUUCCACCAGCUGCACAGCAAGCGUUACAAAUGAGUGGUUCUUUGGCAUUUGGUGCUGUGGCAGAAUUCUCUUUUGUUAUAGAUUUGCAAACACGACUUUCCCAACAGACUGAAGCUUCAGCUUUAGCUGCAGCUGCCUCUGUGCAACCCCUUGCAACACAGUGUUUCCAACUCUCUAAUAUGUUUAAUCCUCAAACAGAAGAAGAAGUUGGAUGGGAUACAGAGAUAAAGGAUGAUGUGAUAGAAGAGUGUAAUAAACAUGAAGGAGUUAUUCAUAUUUAUGUUGACAAGAAUUCUGCUCAGGGCAAUGUGUACGUGAAGUGCCCAUCAAUUGCUGCAGCUAUUGCUGCUGUCAAUGCAUUGCAUGGCAGAUGGUUUGCUGGAAAAAUGAUAACAGCAGCAUAUGUACCUCUUCCAACUUACCACAACCUAUUUCCUGAUUCUAUGACAGCAACACAACUACUGGUUCCAAGUAGACGAUGAAGCAGGAUAUAGUCUUUUAUGUACAUAGCUUUUUUUUCUUGAGAAUUCAUCCUAUCUUUUAUUUACAUAAAAAAAAUAAAGAGGCAAGGGUCUACUGUCAUUUGUAUACAAUUCCUGUUACUUGAAGAAAAUAAAAAUGUUAACAGGAAUGCAGUGUGCUCAUUCUCCCUAACUAGCAAAUCCCAAUGUAUACAAAGCUGUUCUCUUGUUCUGCCUUUUUAAAUGUUCAUGUAGAAAAUUAUAUUAAGGUUCUAUAGGAAUAGCUCUAGAGGAACAAAUGUGCUUUCUGUAAAAAGGCAGACAGGUAUGUAAUGAUGUUUUUAAUGUUUCAGAAGCCUAACUUUUUACACAGCAGUUACAUUUCACUAAGUUGAUACUUGGUUGAUGGUGUAGCAGGUUUCUAAAAUACACAUUUAAUGUAUGGAAAUUCAAGUUGGCUAAAGGGCUGUUCAGCUAGCAUCUCAUCUUCCAUUCUGAUCAUUUGGGAAGAAAGGGAGAUUUCAAAAUUAUAUUUCUUGAUGGUAACUUUUCAAUUAAUGUAUCUGUAAAACAUUUCUUUGUAAAUAUUAUGUGUUCUGGUGUGUCUUAAGAUUCCAAACAAAAUGAUCCCUGCAUUUCCUGAAGAUGUUUAGUAACAACCUGAUUAACUAAGCAAUCUGAGGAAGAAAUAGGAAAUGCAGAAAUAGGUUUUGUCUGGUUGCAUAUAAUCUUUGCUCUUUUUAAGCUCUGUGAGCUCUGAAAUAUAUUUUUGGGUUACUUCAGUGUGUUUGACAAGACAGCUUGAUAUUUCUAUCAAACAAAUGACUUUCAUAUUGCAACAAAUCUUUGUAAGAACCACUCAAAUAAAAUUCUCUGAAAAAGGAA